AUGUCUCAACCUCCGACCACUGUACAGGUCAAGAGAAGGCGCACCGAUGAGCCUGUCGAUUUUCUGCGUGUGCAUGAGCUCACUGGAAAGAGACAACGCACCGGCAACUUCGUCUUCUCGCGACAACCUACACCCAUCACUGAAGGAGCCUCCCCCGCUAUUCAAAGCCAACCUCAAGCCGGUAGGCAGAUCAAACCUAUUCAUCGAUCGAUACAAAGCUCCAAUGCGGCUUCCAAUAAUGAAGGCGUCGUCACACAGGGAGAAGGGUCAAGUGAGAUUGCGGGCACUGAGAAAAGCGCGAAUGCUCCAGUACCCGAAGUAGAGAUGGAAGAUUUGACCGCUGGAAACCCUCGCCGGUUUCACAUGUCACGAAAGUCUAUGCAGAAUCCUCUUGAGUUGGGGAAGGGCAGGAAACGCGGUGCGACAAACAGCCUAACAUUCAUGGAGCGGAAGGCUCGAAAAUUGCCAUUGGGUACAAAGGAGGUAGUGGGAACUAAGGAAGUUGCUUCUGAUGUACCUGAAGAGAGUCCGGUUGAGACACCACGUCCUCGAAAGAAACCAGGUCUUUCUUCUAGAAUUAAAGGUUCUCCGGCAACUGAUCCGACCACACCCAAGCUCUCUCCAAAACCAGCGCAACUUCAAAAUAUUCGCCUACCCAAUGGUACAAUAAUGCCAUGGGAUGUUAACUCUGAAGUAUUGGCUGCGGAAAUGCAGGCGUAUACUCUUCAAGAGAUUGGACGGAACAUUGAACAAGCUAAUAAAUUCCAAUCUGGUCGUGACAAGCAAAUUUCUUCGCCGCUGCGGCAAAGCACCCCGUCCAAGUUCAAGCCAAAGAAGCCAGCACUUCGGUAUGCAGAACGACAUCCUGAAGAGGCUGCCAAGAUGAAUGCCAUCGAUGCUAUGGACAUGGAUGACUGGUCUAGUGGUGAUGAGGAUAUGGGAGAUGAUUCUGAGUAUAUUAUUGACACAUACGUUCGCAUGCCGGCGGGCACUCUACAAUGUUCUGGCAGUCCAAAGAACUUCGGAUUGUUGAUUUUGGAGUCUCAGCCGGAUAUUGAUGAAUUUUAUCUAGAAGAGCAGGAUAGCGACGAAGAUGACGAAGACGAGGAUGAGGAUGAAAAUGCCGAAAACCACUACAGCGCAGACUAUCCUGACGACGAGGUCGAUUCAGAUGAUGAGUUUGAUCGUAAUCCAUAUUCCUACCGACACGAUGCAUUUGAUGAAGACGAUGCGACCUUUAGCGGUGACGAGAAACCAGCUUGGCUCAAGCAAAGUGACAUGUCAGAUGGGGAGGAGGAUGAUGAAAUCUAA